GAGGCAUUUAUGCUUUGUGCUGCACUUGUACAAGUCGAGCCGCCAUGCAGAGACAAACCGUCUGCUCUGGCCUGAAUAGAUAGGACUAAAAACGUCUCUCUCACAGGAAAUCUUUGGAUGAAGCCAAAAAGGGAGCUCAGAACUGAGCGCACGGAGACACUGAACGCUGGUGGAUCUGCUUUUGAGCUUUCGGAUCAUGGUGGAACCGACCCUUCGCACCAGCGCCGUUGUGCUGCUGCUGAUUCUGCACAACUGUGCAGCAAACCACGUUUUUCUGAAGGGUCAGCAGGCAUCGCAGGUGCUGGUCCGGAACCCACGAGCCAAUCAGAUGUUUGAGGAGUUGAAACCAGGAAACCUGGAGAGGGAGUGCUUUGAGGAGAUCUGUGACCACGAAGAGGCCAGAGAAGUGUUUGAGCAGACGGAUAAAACCGAAAUCUUUUGGGCGAAGUACCUGGACUGUGAAGGAACAGUGAAACAUAGAACAACAAAGACCAUCGGCCUCAUCAGAGACUGUGUGGAAGGCCAUUGUGUCUCUGGCAAUGGACAUAACUACAACGGGAACAUCCAUAUCACAAAAUCAGGCAGGGUCUGUCAACACUGGAGCCACAGCUUUCCACAUCCUAUCUUCAGAGAGUUCAAUGCCUCUGAACCCAACAGCAUCCUACAGGAAAACUUCUGCAGAAACCCUGACAAACGUUCAGAGGGACCCUGGUGUUUUACCAAAGACCCGUCAGUCCAGAAAGAAACAUGCAGGGUUCCUAAAUGUGGAGAGAAAUUUGUCCCGCCCACUGUGGCUCCAGAAGUGGUCAAAACUACAAUCUGCUUGCCAAAUUAUGGUGUAGACUACACUGGAGAUCUCAGUGUCACCCUGGGAGGCCACACCUGCAUUCAGUGGUCAUCACCACAGGCCAAGGCGCUAAGCAAAGACAAAGAGUUCAUCCCUGAAGUCCAACUGACUGGCAACAAGUGUCGGAACCCUGAUAACGACCCAGAGGGGCCAUGGUGCUACGUACAUAUUUCUGGAAACAUUACAGUUGACUAUUGUGACCUUGAUCUGUGCGAGGAUCCACUUCUUGCACAGGAGCAGGAGACAGAAACAGAAGGCAGGGAGCGCUCUGUCUUAGCGCCUGCCAAGAAAUUGUUUUUCAAUCCUCGGACCUUUGGGGAGGGAGAGAGCAGUUGUGGGCUGCGUCCUCUUUUUGAGUUGAAAAGCAAGAAGGAUGCAAAAGAGCAAGAGCUCCUCGACUCAUACCGAGAGCAGCGCAUCGUUGGAGGCGACGAUGCCGAGGUGGCCUCAGCACCAUGGCAGGUGAUGCUGUAUAAACGCAGCCCACAGGAACUGCUGUGCGGAGCGAGCCUCAUCAGUGAUCAGUGGAUCGUCACUGCAGCCCACUGCGUCCUGUACCCCCCCUGGAACAAAAACCUCACCACAGAAGACAUUCUGGUCCGCCUCGGAAAGCACAACAGGGCCAAAUUUGAACGAGGAGUUGAGAAGAUUGUGGCCAUCGACGAAAUCAUUGUCCACCCCAAAUACGACUGGAAGCAGAACUUGAACCGGGAUGUUGCCCUGCUGCACCUAAGACGACCCAUAACCUUCAGUGAUGAGAUCUACCCCAUCUGUUUGCCCAACAAGCAGGUUGCCAGGAAUUUGAUGAUGCAGGGUUAUAAGGGACGAGUCACCGGCUGGGGAAACCUGAAGGAAAGCUGGAAUCCUGCAGCCAGAAAUUUACCAACAGUCUUGCAGCAAAUCCACUUGCCCAUCGUGGACCAGGAAAUCUGCCGCCAGUCCACAUCAGUCCGGGUUACAGACAACAUGUUCUGUGCAGGUUUUAAGCCAGAUGACAGCCAACGAGGCGAUGCCUGUGAGGGCGACAGCGGAGGACCGUUUGUCAUGAAGCACCCGGGAGAGAAUCGCUGGUAUCAGAUCGGCAUUGUGUCGUGGGGGGAGGGCUGCGACCGCGACGGAAAGUAUGGCUUCUACACCCACCUGUUCAGGAUGGGCAGGUGGAUCAAGAAAGUGAUCGAGAAAUCUGGGGGAGACGACGAGUAGAACCCAACAGAAAUCCACCAUUUCUGUCAAACGCAACGCUGCCAGUAAAGUUUGUUCUCCCACCA